AGUUCUCCGAGUCAUGGCAGGCUGUUCGGAAGCACAGCUAAGCUCCUGGUCGUCACUUCCGAUUUGUGCUCCAGAGUGAAAUUGAGAAGAGUAAAGUAGUUUCCGGGGCGAAUGGUCUGUGUGGGUGUAAAAUUCACUGAAAUCAUAUAAAAUAAAAGUUCUUGAUUUAAAUAAAGUCUAACGUGCCAAAUGGAUCCCAGGGGAUGCUCCCAGGUAGUGAGGGGCCCCUGCGCCAUCGAUCGACAAUCGAGGCGCCCCGGAGAGUGGUCUCACCAACUGGAAUGAGGAAGUGGAGCCAAAGUGUCAGAGGACUCAUCAUUUGCUGUUUCUUUCAUGUGCUUCAAAGUGCUUAUAGUGAAUGAUUUAAAAAAAUAUAUACAAGAAAGACUGAGUGAAAAACUUUUCCUCAUACUUUUCUCAAAUUCAGCUCAAUUAAUUUCCCAAAUAUGGAUUAAGUGUAAAAUGCCAUUGGAAAUUUUUAACAAAGCAUCAUUAUUUUGAUGAUGUUAAUAAGUGUUAUGGAAAUGAAAAUAACGAAAGUUUGGUGCUUCGAAUGAAUAGAAAUUGUGGGGAGAGUUAACGUGAAAAAUAUAUAAAAUAAUCCAAAGUUAACGCGAAAAGUAAUUUCCGAUGGGAAAAUGUGUUUAAGGUGCUCAAACUUGGAGAAAAAUUGAAACACUAUUCUCCAAUAAAAAGAAAUUAAUAAUAUAUUAAGGUGCUAAAAAAAAAUUAUAUUUCGAGAUAACAAACGAGAAACAUGGCGAAGACACCAAAGGAGUCGAAAAAGAAAAAUCAGGAAAAGAAGCGGAAUGAAACCAGGAAUAUGAUGACAGAUGUUGAUCUUGAUAUGUGGGAGGAGGAAGGCAAAUUCACUGCAGUCAGCUCUCAAGUACCACUAUCGAGUGCAGACAAUACCAAUGCCGAGACUGAUACUUUUCCUGAAAGAGGAAAUUGGACGGGAAGAUUUGAUUUUCUCCUUUCACUUCUUGGAUACUCGGUCGGACUGGGAAAUGUUUGGAGAUUUCCCUAUUUGGCCUAUAAUAAUGGUGGUGGUGCGUUUCUCAUCCCCUUCUGCAUCAUGCUCAUCAUCGCAGGUCUUCCGCUCAUGUUCAUGGAGUUGUCAUUUGGUCAAUUUGCCGCCCUCGGCCCUGUUGCCAUUUAUAAGCGGUUCUGUCCACUAAUGCGAGGCCUCGGGUACGGUAUGAUCAUUGUAUCAGCCGUAGUGAUGCUGUAUUACAAUAUCAUCAUCGGCUGGACCAUAUUCUAUAUGGUAGCAUCAUUCACCAUGGGCGAACUACCCUGGCAGAGUUGCAAGUCUGAAUGGAGCACAGAUUAUUGCUAUUCCUAUGCCAAGGCUGAUCUGUGUGAGGCAAUCAAUGGGACAUACUACCUUAGGACAUGCUACAAUGGGUCAAUGCUUGAAGAAAGAAAUAUCACAAAAUUUGCUACUGAUGUACCAAAAAGACCUCCAGCUGAGGAAUACUUCACGAACUACGUGUUAGGAUUGUCAAGUGGAAUUGAGACAACGGGAAACAUAAAAAUAAGUCUGGCGUUGUGCCUCCUCGCAGCAUGGAUUAUUGUAUUUCUCUGCCUCUGCAAAGGUGUUCAGUCAUCAGGAAAGGUCGUUUACUUCACUGCACUCUUUCCAUACUUGGUUCUUGUUAUACUAUUUGUGAGGGGUGUGACACUGCCAGGAGCUUCUACUGGUAUUCUAUUCUAUUUGACGCCAGAUUGGACACAAUUGUGCAACGCCCAAGUAUGGGGUGAUGCAGCCGUUCAAAUCUUUUUUGCUUUAAGUCCAGCUUGGGGUGGCCUAAUAACGUUGUCAUCUUACAAUAAGUUCACCAACAACUGCUACAAGGAUUCUUUGAUUGUUGCUUUUUCGAACAUCGCAACAUCAUUCUUUGCCGGACUCGUUAUUUUUUCCAUCAUUGGCUUCCUGGCACAUGAAUUGCACGAAGAUGUUAAGGAAGUAGUUGACCAAGGAGCGGGAUUGGCAUUUAUUGUAUACCCUGAAGUGGUUACACGUCUUCCAGUGGCUCCUCUUUGGUCCAUCCUAUUCUUCGUGAUGCUCCUGACACUGGGCUUGGAUUCACAGUUUGCACUGAUGGAGACUGUAACCACAGCGAUUCUUGACAAAUUUCCCAAAUUGCGUCAAUUGAAAAUAUGGGUAGUGCUAGUCGUGGCGAUCCUAGGCUAUUUGGGUGGUUUGGGAUUCACCACAAAUAGUGGCAUGUACUGGCUUCAAUUGAUGGAUAAGUACGCUGCCAAUUGGUCAGUUCUUUUGAUUGCCAUAAUGGAAUGUAUCCUCAUAUCCUGGCUCUACGGUUCAGAACGCUUUCUAGGAGACAUCCAAAGUAUGAUUGGCAAAAGAUCUAGAAUGUGGAAUCUCUUCUGGUCCUGGAUGUGGAGAGCAAUAACUCCACUAACUCUACUUUUUAUCUUGUUCUUCAACUGGGUUGAGUACAAACCAGCGUCCUACGGCCAUUACGUAUACCCAUUGUGGGCUGAUGCUAUAGGAUGGAUCGUGGGAUUACUUCCAGUUCUUGUGAUUAUUGUUGCUGCCAUCCAACAAAUUAUUCUAGCACCUCAUAAUCUAACUUUUCUUGAGAAAAUCAAAUUGCUGAUCAAACCUACAGCCGAAUGGGGUCCAGCUGGGAAUCCAAGGUACAUGGACCCAUCUAUGCAGAGGUAUGAAAAUGUCACUAAUACGGUGGUGCUGGUGAAUGGAAUGCCAAUCGAUGGUGAUGAGACUCAAGUGACGUUUGAGAACGAGGACGAGGGACUGCAGCUCUGAGAACGGGCUCUGGUCCCAUCAUCCUCAGUGGCCCACAAAGUCACAGGUCGUUCCUGCGGUAGCACCUCGAGUGACUUCUGCCCAAGUGAUGGUGACCAGAGACGAGAACCUAAGACAUUAGAGAAAGCGUCUGAUCCCGUAAGUAUUCUCAAAAAUGUAAAAUCGGACAAUAGUCCCAGUAAACAGCCGUUAAUCAAGAAUGACGACAAAGAUUCAAGUUCGCCCAGUCGAUUGCACUUUAAGAAAAAGUAAACUUGGGCUGAAAAUAUAUAGAUAGGGUUUAAUAAUCGCGGAUUCGGAAAGCCAUAAUUAAGAAAUUUACGCAAAUAAAACACGAAUUGACACGUGAAGCGUCAUCUCCUCAAAUCUUAAAAAAAAAAACAAACUGUCAAUUUGAUGUUCCUCGUUUACUCGGAACGUUAAAUUGACUUCCUAGGCACUUUUUGAUGUAUUUUGGAUGUUUUAUCAAUGGGACAGAAUUUAUGUUCUAAUUUUUUAGAUGAAAAAAACUUAUUUUGAAAAAUAUUGUGUACCUAUAUAUACAAAGAAGAAAUAUAUUUACUAAUGAAUGUAUUGUCCAAAUGUACCUAAUGUUAAGAUAAAUUUAUUGUUUAUAGUAACGCAGUGACAAACGAUUUAGAGUCUGUGUUAGAAAAUUGUACCAAUUAUAAACAAGCAUAAAUGAAACAGAUGCUGUAGAAUGAGUUGAGAAUAACAAGCUUAAUUCUCAGCUCAAACCUAUCGUAAACCCAUCAAAAACCUGUAAAAUAUGUGUACCUGCAUCAUAGAAUUUUCACACAAGUUAGAAUCUUGAAUAUAUUAAAAAAAAUAUAUUAUCCAAAAGAGAAACCAAAUCCAAUAAUUUUAAAUGAAAUGGAAAGAAUUUGGCUUAAUAUGAAGUGUGAGGUACAAAAAUCCAAAGCUUUUUCAGUAUUAGAAAAAAAAUGAUAAAUAGAAGAAAUUGGUUAAAAUGGGAGGACGUUAGAAUCUUAUGAGAUGAAUAGUCAAUGUUAACAAAUUAGAAAAAAACUGGAAAGUUGAGAUAAAAAAGAAACUAGAAAGACAAAAUUAAAAUUUGGCAAUGAUUUUGAAAAAAAAUUCAAAUAUGAAAACUUUCAAUUUGAAGACAGGGUGUAAUCUGAAUAUCAAUUUGAUAAAAUGCAGUCAAUUUGAUAUCAAUAUCAAGAAGAAAACAUAUUGGAAGCCACCAAGACGUUAUCAAUUUUAUUUUUACAGAAAAUGUUACUAUAUUUUAAACCAAAUAUACUAAGUAUUUUUUGAUAUUCUAUAUAAAAUGUAUUUUGAAAGAGAUAUUUUUUCUUAGAAAAAAAAAUAAAUAAAAAUAUUUUAUAGUAAGUUUUUUUAGGAAAACUUUUCACAACAGUGAAUUUUUCAAAGAAAAUAUCAACCAAAUGUGAGGGUAUAUUUUAUUAGGACAAUAAAUGGAAAUUGAAAGUAUUUUAAAAAGUAUAAAAAAAAAGUUUUAGACAGAAGCAAAUACCCUAAAUGAGUAGUUUUGACAAAUUGUUGAACUUAGAUGAGCUUAUAGUGUAAACUCUAGUUGUAAAUCAUUAAGAACUGACUUAUUUUUGUAAGCUGAAAAGAAUGGAACUUGAGUAGGAAACGUCCAAGAAUCAGAGAAAGCUAAAAGCAUGUUAGUCAAAUUUUAUUUUCUUAUUUCCAAGAAAAAGAAGCAUUGUUAAUAACAUAACUGUUAACGAGAUGAAUGUUCUAACAGUAAGUUAAUACCCUAAAAAUUCUAUUUGAGAACGUUAAUAGUUGUUCCAUAAAACAGCAACAAGUAUAUAUCGUGAACAAAAUGUGUAAAAUAUUUAAGUAAAUAAAAAGUAUGAAGGAAGGA